GAUGGAGGCAGCGCAGGGAGGAAAGAGGCGUGCCUGUGACCGCGACGAAUGUCCUGCUGUACAACCGCCCGUUGGAUGACAAUGAGAUCCGCGUCCUCAACGCAAACAAAAUUUCUAUUCCAAAGCUGACGGAUCUGAGAACAGUGGCGGCAGGAGCAACGGGUGUCGGUACCGCUCGCCACUUUGGGGCAAAUGGUGAUGGCAGCGCUGUUUGUGGAGGCGGACUGCUGCCGCUGUUCCUUCUGCUGGGACUGUGGGGGAUUGCCGCUUCUUGA